AUGGCACUCAACGCUACGAUGCGAGGUGUUGUCUUCGAUGGUACCCCUUUUCAGGUAUCUGUCGUCGAUCUACCUCGUCCAAACAUUAUCAAUCACACCGAUGCAGUUGUUCGCAUUACCACUUCGGCUAUCUGUGGUUCGGACCUGCACAUGUAUCAUGGAUUCCAAGGGGGCACUCCUCCCUGGGGAAUGGGCCACGAGGCCAUUGGGUAUAUUUCCGAGCUCGGAAACGCGGUAUCAUCCCUAGCAGUGGGUGACUAUGUCGUGAUCCCUGACAAUGUGGGUUCGGGCCACUUGGAGAUGGAGCCGGAAAGCCUUCAGUCAUACGGAGGGGGUUCGGGUCUGGAUGGACUGCAAGCGGAAUAUGCUCGUGUCCCGUUCGCUGACGAUAGUCUUAUUCCGGUGCCUUUGACUCACAAUUCCACGAACUCGUCCAUCGAGCGAGACUACCUGACGGUUUCGGAUAUCUUCGCCACGGGCUGGAGUGCGGUGGACUACUCCGGCUUUGAACCUGGAGACACAGUAGCUGUCUUCGGAGCCGGCCCCGUCGGUCUACUUGCUGCAUACUCUGCUCUCCUUCGCGGUGCGUCGCGCGUCUACUCGGUCGACCACGUUCCCAUGCGGUUGGAACGGGCCGCCUCGAUCGGAGCUAUUCCAAUCAACUUCAACGAGUCAGACCCGGUGCAACAGAUCCUGGAGCGCGAAUCAUUGGGCGUUACCCGCGCGUUGGACUGCGUGGGUAUGGAAGCGAUCAACACCCAAGGAGAUAUACAGGAGGACAUCAUCCUGCAGAACAUGGUCGGUGUGGUCGCUCAAAAUGGCGGUCUUGGGCAGGUCGGUGUGUAUAUGGCUCAGAGCAGUUCCGCCGGGGCACCCUUGGGCGACACCAUCGCUCAAAACAUCACAUUCCCCGUGACCGAGUUCUUCGGUAAGCAUCUACGGUACGAAGCAGGUGUAGUCGAUCCCAAGGUUUUGGCACCACAGCUGGUGGAGUUGAUUGCAGCGGGUCGGGCCCAUCCGAGUUUUAUUUCCACUGCGAGUAUUCGUCUGGAAGAGGCACCGAGAUAUUAUGAGCGGUUUGAUCGGCAUGAGGAGAUCAAGGUGUAUAUUCAUUUUCCUUAG